GAUUUACAACACAUAAUUGUUUGUUAUUUUUCGAGGAAAACUUAAUAAAUACUCGAGCAGAAAUGAAUACUCAAGAUACCAGUGCUACAAAUAUUUCAGCGUCACUUUUUAAGUUUUUCAAGUUAGGCCUGUUCGAGACUCUUCACGCGAAAAGUUGUUCGAAACCCAGUACGCCGAGGGGCAAUGACAACGAAAGCCCAUGUGGGGAAACACCAGAAAAACAUUGUGCGUGCUUGCCGGAGACAGACAAUAGAAAAUGUAAGGCGGGCGACCGCGGCAAAACAGGAGCGGGCGUGACCGGAUCUCGUACAGGUCGCGUGUGUGAGAAAGAACCUGAUUUGCCAGCCGGCGCUGUCAAUCCUGGCCUUCUGCGCUACAUCCACAACGCUGCGCGCUACAGACUACCACAAUGUUUCGAAGGCGGCAGCGUAUCCGUCAAACAGAGUCAAAGAUGCAAUUGGGUACUGGGGCAUACGUUGUCAUGUAGUUCAGUCUCGCCUGGCGGUUACAAGGUGUUAUUAUCAUAUGUGGACAAGGAAAAGCCCUCUGGCCUUCCGUAUUUUGUAAUGGAAGCCGCGCCUGGAGGCCAGAUGAGCUGCGAGGUACGCGUGGGCCCUACCCUGAGCACCAGGGCCACUGUGGUAGCUCAGAUAGCCGAUGCCGAAUUUUACAGUUUUGAAAGCAUCUUUGAUGCGUAUUUUCAUAGUUUUACGGCUUCGAUUAUCGCCGUUAACAAGGAAUUCAUAGCUCUACAUUAUUUGCAGGCUAUAACGGAACAGGUGUCGCUUGGUGCGGAAGUUGUAGCCCGGGGUCACGCGGUGGAGCUAAGCUCGGCCUCUGGAGCCGGUCGAUGGGCGACAGAGGACCAAUCCAUCAGCGCUACACUCGGCAACCGAGGCCUCGACCUGUGCUAUGCGCGUGUCAUCAGGCCGUUCCUUACUGUGGCUGCCAUGCUUGAGGUCGGGUUUGCGAUCAGACACGCGGUGGCUACACUAGCAUAUGAGUGGCGCACGGAAGAGUGGACGGUGCGGGGUUCAGCGGACUCGGAUGGGUUGGUGGGUGCCACGCUGCAGCGAGCGCUGGGGGGUAAGCACGCUAAGCUGGCCUGCGCCAUAUCCGCACUGCUCAACCAUCCCAACGACAAAUUCCGACUUGGAUUCGGUAUAACAGCCGCGAUCAUGUAG